AUGCUGAUUUCUUUCCAAAACCUCAUCCUGCUGGCUGCUUUGGCAAAAGAAUCGCUGGCCAGCCCAUACCCUUCUAACAACUCAUCCACUGCGAAAUGCUCCAAUCCUCGCAUCAGAAAAGAGUGCUCCUCUGAGAAAACUGCCUACAUCGACGCUAUACAGUGCCUCAAGGCUGCUCCAUCCAAGGGUACCCGCUUCUCUAAGACCCUUGAGAGUCGCUACGACGACUUUGUAGCAUUGCACAUCAAUGCCACUCGAGGAGGCCAGGAAGCACCGUCACUGAUCGACACGGCUCCAAAUAAUGGAAGUGAAUCCGAUGUUACGGUCUACGGCGUACACGGCGUUGGGGUCUUCCUUCCAUGGCACCGCUAUGCUAUCUGGACAUUCGAAUCUAUCCUACGCGACGGGUGCGACUACACCGGUGCCCAGCCUUACUGGGACUGGACUCUCGAUAACCCAGCAUCCAACGGGUCACUGUUCAAGUCUCCUGUCUUGCAAGCGUUUGGCGGCGAUGGAUCCGGAACGGACAACUGUGUAAAAGAUGGGCCUUUCACCGGCAACGCCAUUUUGAACAUUGGGCCUUCGGAGUCCUACGCCAAAAACCCGCGAUGCUUGACAAGGGCGAUCACUGAGGAUGUUUUCGACGGUAGCUCCAAGUGGGAGGAUAUUUAUCCACCAACGAUGAGUAGAAAGAACCACGUGCAACUUCAAGCCUUUAUUGAUGGCCUCGAUUUUAUUCCAGACGAGGAUAAGCUCUCGAUGGGAGUAUCCAACCCCCAUAGCAUGGGUCACACAGGCAUUGGUGGCGAUUUGAUGGAUAUUUUCUCUUCUCCAAACGAUCCCUUGUUUUGGCUGCACCAUACCCAACUUGACUACAUGUGGUCGCUGUGGCAAAAGGCGGACAAGUCGCGUCUUGCUGAUAUCGGUGGUGCUAGAACCAUCGAUGGAUUUGGACCCAGCAGUGACAAAGUUGAGCUCACUACCCUCGACACUCCUCUGUGGAUGGGCUUCAUGAACGACGAUGUACCUGUAAAGGCAGUCAUGGAUACUCUCAAUGGCGAUGGCGAGGGCGUUCUUUGCUACGAGUAUGAGAAGUCUCCAUCAUUGGCUGGAAAGAAGGGAUUCUAG